AUGGUUCCGCCUAACCAACCUCUGGCUGCGAUCCAGCCCGCGACUUCGAGCGAUGCAGCCUACAUCGUCAUCGACUGGGAAAUCGACGACCCGGAGAAUCCGCACAACUGGUCUUUCGCAAAGAAGACGUACAUCUUCACCUUGACAUGCUUGCUCGUCACAAACUCAACCAUGGGCUCUGCCAUCCCCUGCAUGGCAAUUCCGCAAAUGAUUGACGAAUUCGGCUACAAAUCUCCAGAGCAACGAGUCUUGCCCAUCUCCAUCUUUCUCCUCGGUUACGUCUUUGGUCCAGUAAUCUGGGCGCCGUUGAGUGAGCAGUACGGUCGCAAAAUCCUCACAACGGCAACCUUUGCCGUUUUUGCACUCUUUACUAUGGCAUGCGCCCUGUCCCCGACCUGGUCAUGGCUCCUAGGAUUCCGCGUAUGCUGCGGCGUCUUUGCCAGUGCUCCGAUUGCCAUGUCAGCUGGUCUUCUGGCCGAUAUAUACGGCGAUGCGCAUACCCGAGGAAAGGCUUAUUCGGCAUAUUUGGUGACCACUGUCUUUGGACCCAUUCUCGGCCCAAUAGUCUCCGGGUUUUCAUCUCCAACCAUUGGAUGGCGAUGGGCUUUCUGGAUCGCUCUGAUUUACGCGGGUCUUACUUUUCUAAUGCUCCUCUUCCUCCCCGAAACCUACCACCCCGUUCUUCUCAGCAAAAGGGCUCGCAGCCUCCGUCAAAAGGGCCACCCGCCCAACGCCGUUGCUGCCCAUGACCUCGGGGCCGUCGAUAUCUACCAGCUCGUUAGCAAAGUGCUCGCCCGGCCCCUGCGCAUGCUCUUCUUCGAACCCAUUGUCGCCGCAACAUGCGCGUACCUUGCCUUUGUAUACGCAAUCUUUUACAUGUCUUUCCAAGCCUUCCCCAUCAUAUUCCUCCGCCAGUACGACUUAUCGCCCGGCGUCACGGGGCUGUGCUAUCUUCCCAUCGGCGCCGGAGCCUGCCUCUCCAUGGCCUGCGUCUGGUGCUGGGAUAGCUAUGUCGCCCGAGAAGCUGCCAGAAACGCCUCUUGGACAAGGAGUGACGAGUACCGCCGCGUUCCGCUAGCCACGAUCGGUGGCCCAUUGUUCGUCGUAUCCCUCUUCUGGCUGGGAUACACUUCGCGUCCUUCCAUAUCCUUCAUGGCUCCCAUGCUUGCCGGGUUACCGUUCGGCAUGGGCUUCCAACUGAUCUUCAUGACUCUACUGAAUUAUCUCACCGACGCGUACGAAAUUUAUGCCGCCUCAGCAAACGCCGCGGCUUCUGCCUCCCGAUCGAUCCUGGCCGUCGUUUUGACCCUGGCUACCAAACCCAUGUUCGACAGACUGGGCAUCUCGGGUGCCUGUGCCGUGCUGGGAGGACUCAGUGCUGCCAUGAGCAUUAUUCCAUUCGUGUUUUUGUGGAAGGGCCAGGCCAUGAGGGAUCGGUCGCAAUUCUGCGUAGCAUUGCGACAAAGAAAGGACGAGUUGCGUCAAAAGGCCGAGCGAGAGCCAUUUUGCAAGGAGCGCGAAGCUAGGUUUGAGCGUAGCUGUCUGAAAUAA